ACCCGAGCGAUGAUAAGAGAAAUAAACGAGGGAGGGUGUUUGAUUACGAGGAGUGCUCUGGAUAACGCGCCAACUGGCUGAACGGGUUUCUCCGACAAAAGUGAGUUGGAGGGCGCCCCACCUGCCUGCGGGAGGUGAGACUCGCGAUUCUCGAUUCUCGAUGGGGCACACAUGCUCGCCUUCGUUCCCCUUCGGCUCCGUAAGACAUCGGGACCUCCUUCACCGUGGUCCUCAAACGAGCCUCGCGCUCCGCCAGAUACACAACUCCUCACGCAUUCGUUCGCUCGCUCGCUUGCUCGCACGCACGCACGCACGCACUCGUCGCACCGGCACUCACUAAACUGAAAUACAAAUCGACCAAGUGAGAAAAAACAUAAUGCGGGUAGUCUGCACAUUUUGCGGACUGUUCUUGGCCAUUGCCAUUGUCAAUUGCAGUCCUAUUGUCAAGAGAGAUGCGGAAGAGUUACCCCAGGAGGAUCUUAGCCCAUUAAACGAAGUCUACGUAUUCGAAGCCGACGAAGCCGAUGGCGACAAGGACAGGGAUAAGAGAAAGAUUGGUCUCACGCUUGGUAUAAAGAAUGGCAUCCUCAACUUCGUGUUCGGCAAAGUUGACUCCUUACUGGACUCAAAGAUAAAAGCGCUCGAUGUUCUCGAAGAAUCCAACAAGGCGAAAAACGCCAUUUACGGAAUCGACUCUACCAAGUCUCGUACGUCGGAGUUCAUCAAUGAUUUGGUGUCCAAGAAAACAUCGAAAUUCGCGCCACUAAGCUCGCUUUCCGGUGGUCUUUCCGGUGGAGGUGGAGGUGCAGGAGGUGGAAGCGGAUCAGCUCUUAUCGGCACUCUCCUGACCCAAGGGAUCGGCGCUUUGUCGAGUAUAAGCCAAGGUAGUGGCGGUUUAAGCGGUGGUCUCAGUGGAGGAGGCCAGGCCACUUCCGGCAAAAGCGAUACGAGUUCUGGUUCGCAAUCCGGCGCUGGAAUUAAUGUCGGAGCUUUCGCCAAUUUGGCAGGGAAGGUGCCUAUUACUACUACCACGGAUGAUACACCCGUUUUCGACAGGACUAGGGUGUCCUUGGAAAUACCAUCAAGAGCAUUCGGCACUGGUUUCACCCUAGUAACUAAUAUUAGUAAAGUCCUCAACAGCCUAAUUCUAAACUCGGCUCGCCGAACACAGACGUUUCUAGAGAUCUUCAAACCGGUCUUCCGCGGUUCAUUCGCUAUAAAGGGUUUACCAUCGGAUAACUUGCACUAAGGCGUCUCAUUUCCGCAUUCGUAGGGGAUUAUUAUACUAGAACUUAAUUGCUCAAUGACCAUUGUUUCGUCAAGAAACAUUUAGCAAGUUCCGAUCACAUAUUUUGUGGAUAAAUACCGUUGACUAGAACUUGUCGUGUCUGUUCCAAGUAAAAGACUUUAAAUCUCAUUUAGGAAUUAAAAUACAAUUUAAAUGUCCUAUUCUUGGUAGAAUAUUUUUCUGCUGUCAUAUUACACAAUUAUUAUUUAUGACGCCAUAUUAUUGUCUUAUCUUUUAUCUACUAUUCUUCUAUGAUCAUCAUCUAUUUGUUUAAAUUUGUUAUAUAUGAUCCAGAAAUUAGCGCCAUAAGUAACAGACAAGUUUUUAAUGAUUAAAAGCAUAUUAUGUUAUUUUUUGUAGACGAAAUGGAGAUAUUUAUACACACAUAUAUAUUAAUUAUUAAAUUAAAUUACUAAUGUAAGGAAAAAUUAUUUUUGAAACACUUUAGUCAGGUUUUAAUUAAAUAGCAUGUAAUAAUAAAAUUCAAAGUACGAUAAAGUAAGAAAGUAGGAAAAAGAGCGAUAAUCAAACUAGAUUAUAUCUCAUAAAAUUAAUUUCAUGCAAUUAUAGUAGCAAGCGUGAAGAAUUUUCAGAAAAUUUCCUAAUAUAGAUCAAUUUGUAACUUAACACGUAUUGCCAUA